AUGGUCCUAGCAAAGAGCAAGAACGCCGUCGGGCUGGGCAACAGCCUAAUGAACGACCGCUUCGGCAAGGGCAAGAACAGCAACAUGCACCGUGGCAACCAAGCGGGAGCGAUCAAGAGAAAGGAUCCUCUGGGCAACGAAUAUGUCACAAACGCCGCGCAGGAAGCCGACUGGGUCAAGAUGCGCUCCAUCACUGAGCAGGGCGCGCUCGACGAAUUCUUGUCGACGGCUGAAUUGGCGGGCACGGACUUCACAGCGGAGAAGAUGAACAAUGUCAAGGUCAUCCACGCCGAUCAGAAGAACCCCUACUUGUUGUCGGCACAGGAGGAGCGCGGGGUGGUCAAGAAGCAAAAUGCGAAGAGAGCGAGGCUUACCGUCCCUCGACGACCGGCGUGGGAUAAGGAUACCACUCCGCAAGAAUUGGAAUUGGCGGAGCGCGAGAGUCUACUUUCGUGGAGGAGAGGACUGGCCGACUUGCAGGAGGUGGAUGACUUGCUGAUGACACCCUUCGAGCGGAAUUUGGAGGUCUGGCGUCAACUGUGGCGUGUUAUUGAACGAUCCGAUCUGGUCGUACAGAUUGUCGACGCCCGCAACCCUCUUCUCUACCGCUGCGAGGAUUUGGAGAAGUACGUCUCGGAGCAGGAUGGCGGCAAGAAGCGCAACUUGCUCCUCAUCAACAAGGCGGACAUGAUGACUCUCGAGCAGAGGACAGCGUGGGCAAAGUGGUUCAGUGAGAGGAAGAUUGCUUUCCGAUUCUUCUCWGCUGAGUUGGCCAAGGAGAUGAAUGAGGCUCGUCUGGAACAGGAGAGAGAUGAGGCAAGGGUUAGCAGUGAUGAGGAGGAGGAUAGUGAAGAAGAAGAGUCCAGUGAAGAGGAGAGCGAUGGGGACGGACUCGACGACAGCGACGUGGAGGAAGAAAUCGAUCCAGAAGCAAAGGACCUCACCAAACAGACUCAGAAGAUGGACCUUCAAGAGGAUGACGAAGAGGAAGAUUCGGACUGGUCUGACGAGGAGGAAGAAGAAUCCACCGCCACUAAACCCACCCCUCCCACGGCAGCUCCGACCCUCUCUCUAGAAGAGCAGACCCGUAUCCUCACAACCGACGACCUCGAAGCUCUCUUUCUCGAACACUCGCCCAAACAGCCCCGCAACACAGAUCCCUCCAAACCCACUCGCAAGACCCAGAUCGGUUUGGUGGGUUACCCCAACGUUGGAAAGUCAUCCACCAUCAACGCCCUGCUGGGUGCCAAGAAGGUCUCCGUCUCAGCCACACCCGGUAAGACCAAGCAUUUCCAGACCAUCCACCUUUCACCACGAGUCGUACUCUGCGAUUGUCCUGGUCUCGUCUUUCCCAACUUUGCAACCACAAAAGCCGAGCUCGUUUGCGCUGGUGUCCUUCCCAUCGAUCAACUACGAGAGUACACCGGUCCAAGCACAUUGGUCGCGCAAAGAAUUCCACAGCACUUCCUCGAAGCGGUCUACGGAAUGCGGAUAAUCACUAGACCUAUCGAAGAGGGCGGCACUGGAAUACCCACCGGAGAAGAAGUUCUCCGAGCACAUGCUCGAGCCCGAGGCUUCUACACCACUGGUUUGGGACAGCCAGACGAGAGUCGUGCCGCUCGAGGUGUUUUGAAAGACUAUGUCAAGGGCAAACUAUUGUACUGCCACCCUCCACCUCCCAAAGCAGGAGAGGAGGACCAGGCCAUCGAUGGCAAACACUUCAACCGCGAGCUCUAUGAUCUCGCACAUCUCCCCGAAAAGCGACGUGCUAAAUUCCUUCAAUACAAUGAAGACGCCGAUAUCACGGAAAACAAGCCCGGUAAGAAGGGUGGAGUCCUUGAUAAAGCAUUCUUUGCUCCAGGACAGAGUGGAGGAAAGAUGAGUCAACCUUUUCACUAUAAAUACAGUUUUCAGGGUGGAAACAAGGAGUUGACCGGGAGGAAAGCCAAGGUUAUGAAGGCUUUGGAGAAGGAUGUGGACAUUAGCGAGUUGAAGGGAAAUCGAAAGCACGGGAAGGCGAACAAGAGAGCCGCAAAGAAGGUCAGGGCGCCGGGAUUGGCGCAUUACGAUGAUUGA